UCUGUUACAGCUGGGAAUUGCUGGCUCCGGCAGGCAAAGAACGGUCGUUGCCAGGUCUUGUACAAAACUGAGCUCAGCAAAGAAGAGUGCUGCAGCACUGGGAGGCUUAGCACUUCGUGGACUGAAGAAGACGUGAAUGACAACACGCUUUUCAAGUGGAUGAUUUUUAACGGGGGCGCCCCGAACUGCAUCCCUUGCAAAGAAACGUGCGAGAACGUGGACUGUGGACCUGGGAAGAAAUGCAAAAUGAACAAGAAGAACAAGCCUCGGUGUGUCUGCGCUCCGGAUUGCUCCAACAUCACCUGGAAGGGCCCAGUCUGUGGACUUGAUGGGAAAACCUAUAGAAACGAGUGCGCUCUCCUCAAAGCCAGAUGUAAAGAGCAGCCAGAGCUUGAAGUUCAGUACCAAGGCAAAUGUAAAAAGACCUGUAGGGAUGUUUUAUGUCCGGGCAGUUCCACGUGUGUGGUGGAUCAAACCAAUAAUGCCUACUGUGUGACAUGUAAUCGGAUUUGUCCAGAGCCUACCUCCUCUGAACAGUAUCUCUGUGGGAAUGAUGGAAUAACUUAUUCUAGUGCCUGUCACCUGAGAAAAGCUACCUGCCUGCUGGGCAGAUCGAUUGGAUUAGCCUACGAGGGAAAAUGUAUCAAAGCAAAGUCCUGUGAAGACAUCCACUGCAGUGGUGGAAAAAAAUGUUUGUGGGACUUCAAGGUUGGUAGAGGCCGGUGUUUACUCUGUGAUGAGUUGUGUCCAGAGAGUAAAUCUGAUGAGGCUGUAUGUGCCAGCGACAAUGCCACUUAUGCUAGUGAGUGUGCCAUGAAGGAGGCUGCCUGCUCCACAGGUGUGGUCUUGGAAGUAAAGCACUCAGGAUCUUGUAACUCCAUUACUGAAGACACGGAAGAGGAGGAGGAAGAUGAAGACCAGGACUACAGCUUUCCUAUAUCAUCAAUUCUAGAGUGGUAAACCCUCCAUCAGUGUUGGGAUAGCCCUUGGGCAAAAAAAAAUCAGUGUCCAUACUGUAAAUAAGUGUAUGCUUAUUUAUUUUGGGGGGAAAAGUACACAGAGAGGACCUUUGUCCUGCAGCCCUCUCCCAGGCAACCUUCCCACUGACUUGACAAGGGAGAGGCCGUCAGUUUGAGGUCUACUGGAUGGGGCCCAUAGAUGAGACUUGUAGACAUUUAUUUAUACUGUGUCAUGUUUUAUAAUUUAUACAUAAAAUGUCUGGUUGACUGUACACCUUGUUUUUGAAGAAAUUUAUUCGUUAAAGGAAGAGCAGUUGUUAUUUAUUGUGAGGUCUCUUGCUUGUAAAGUAAAAAGCUUUUUUUUUUUCCCUUGUAAAACAUUUUAAUCCAUUCCUUACCACUCACUUACCUGUCACCUUUUGGUCCACUGCUGAAAUUCCCUUUCCACUUUAACGAACAUGCAUGUCAGUUUCUAUCAUGUUUAUUUAUUGGAUUCUCUGCUGCCAGUUCUGUACAUACAUGAUCCCUGGGGUUUUUGUUUACAAGGAAUCUUGACUGAGCAAAAGGCAUUAUGACUUGACUCAAACAUAGAGUACAGUAGUCCACCUUAAAGGAAACUCCUGCUUCUUCACUUCUCUCUCAUUCUACCCAAAACAGUCUGGGAACUCCAGUGUUAACAGUGAAAUAUGUAUGUUCUUAUACUUUGAAAAUUCACAGAUCCAAAGAAUUAGGGUGAGAAAGAUGCUUAAAAGGGACAUGCAAAUGUCAUGGCAGUGGAGAGGGGAUUAAUAGACACAAAUACUUUUAGGUGUUUCCUUUCAACUGGACUGCUGUACCCUUUAAAUUCGUUCUUUUUUCAAACAAUGUCAUUAAAAGGUAUAUUAAAGCUUUAUCAGUUCAAGUUUCUUGCUUUUCAUAACACUUUUUUUCUGAUGCAAUUUUAUAUUU